CUUCUAUCUUAUGGAUAUUCACAUUAUUAAUAUAUUUAUUUAUAACAACUCCACAAUAUUUUAUUUUUAUUUUAUUUUUAGCUUCCUAAAAGGUAAUAUUUCUUUUCUUCAGUUUCACAAAAAAAAAAAAAGAAAGCGGGACACAGCCCACGCCCUGGAAUGACCAUGGUCGGGUUUAGUUUGGAAUAGCAUGAGAUUAACGAAGAAGAUCAGGAAACCAUGAGGAGCAACAGCACCGGCAGCAGCAGCAGCUUCAAGGAAGAAGAUCUAAAGAAACAGACAUCAUCUCCCUCUUCAGCUUCUUCUGCUGUUGAUUCAAGAUUCAAUCAAACUCUCCGAAGUGUUCAUGGGUUGCUCAAAGGCCGUAGUUUUCCUGGUAAGAUACUCAUAACAAGGAGGACAGAUCCACCAGAUGAUGCUAUCUUACAGUCUCCAAAUAGUAAUAGGAGUUUUUCUGAUUAUGAUUCGGAAUCUAGUGAACGAAUUGAAGGAUCCAUGCAGGAUGAGCACCAAACUAGAAGUAUAUCAAGUAUUAAUUCAUCAUUUAGCAAGAUGAAAACAUCUACAUCACUUCCAGAAAACUUGUCUAAAGAGGUUCAGAAAGCCCCAGUUGGUGCCAGAGCCACAGAUUCUGCAAGGCUGAUGAAAUUUACAAAAGAGUUAUCUGGGACGACUGUCAUUUUGGAUAACCUCCGUGAAUUAGCCUGGAGUGGGAUUCCACCAUAUCUACGACCCACUGUAUGGAGACUUCUUUUGGGAUAUGCACCCCCUAAUUCAGAUAGAAGGGAGGGAGUUUUAAGAAGAAAGCGCCUGGAGUAUCUUGAUUGUGUUGCUCAGUAUUAUGACAUUCCAGACACUGAGCGGACAGAUGAAGAGAUUACCAUGCUUCGCCAGAUUGCUGUUGACUGUCCGAGAACUGUGCCUGAUGUCACGUUCUUCCAACAAGCAGAAGUUCAAAAAUCUUUGGAGCGCAUUCUUUACAUAUGGGCUAUCCGGCAUCCUGCGAGUGGUUAUGUUCAGGGAAUUAAUGAUCUGGCUACACCCUUCUUGGUUGUGUUCUUGUCAGAACAUCUAGAAGGCAAUAUUGAAAGCUGGUCCCUGGCAGAUCUGGCUCCAGAAAAAAUAUCAGAUGUAGAGGCUGACUGUUAUUGGUGUCUAUCAAAGUUACUUGAUGGCAUGCAAGACCAUUACACAUUUGCUCAACCAGGAAUCCAAAGACUAGUGUUUAAGCUGAAGGAAUUGGUUACGCGGAUAGAUGAACCAGUAUCAAAACACAUGGUGGAUCAAGGGCUUGAGUUUCUUCAAUUUGCUUUCCGUUGGGUUAAUUGCCUAUUAAUACGCGAGAUUCCUUUCAAUCUGGUUACACGCUUAUGGGACACAUAUCUUGCAGAAGGAGAUGCAUUGCCUGAUUUCCUUGUGUACAUAUUCGCCAGUUUUCUCUUAACAGUAAGAUAUACUCUUCCUCACAUGCUAUAAACAGCAGUGAGAAAAUUAGAGAUGCACACUCUACUGUUCAAAUAAUUUAUAUCUUUCUCAAGUGGCACUAGAUACUUUGAGUUAAUGACAUUAGCUUUGACCAGGUUCUUGUAGUUGGGCAAUUAAAGUACUUCGUGGUGAAAAAUAAGAUUAGACAAGUAAUAUAAACCACAUAAUAUCACUUAUGUGGGGCCAUGCGAACCAUUGAUGGUUUUGCCACCAUUAGAAGUAGAUGUUCCAUCAAAUCUUGUCUCUGAACCAAAUUGUUGAUCUGCAAUCAUUCUAUUUGAGAAUAAAGUGGCUGUUCGUGCAUAUUUAGAUAUUUUCUCCGGCUCCACUUCCAGAGGUGGAAAGUGAUGAGCAUGCAAUGCCUGUUGCAUGUGUAUCUUUUCACUCUUGAUAAUCAGUAACUGUAGUGUUAUCGUUUCCUUUAAACUAAUCUCCUCGGGGGAGGAGGAGUCCUUUCUGUCCUUGUAUAAGCUUUAGUACACUGCAUUUACAAGGAUCUGUUUCUUUCAUCUAGAAACAGAAAUGUUUCUGUUACUAAUAAGAACCAAAAACUUUUCUUUUCGUCGGUUUUGUUAGAUGUAUUCUUCACAGUUAUUGCUGUUUUGUUAUGCAGUGGUCCGACAGGAUCCAGAAGCUUGAGUUCCAAGACAUGGUCAUGUUUCUGCAACACCUUCCAACCCAAAACUGGACACACUUGGAGCUGGAGAUGGUUCUUUCUCAAGCUUACAUGUGGCACACUAUGUUUAAAAGUUCUCCCAGCCACUUGGCUGGCUGAAGAGUUUUCUGACAACUCAAGAUUUUAUUUUCGGCCAUCAUCAUUUGAUUGUUUUUGUCUCUAUGUUGUUUUUCCCAAUACGCUUAUCUAAUUAUAAAUUUUUUUAAUCAAUUAGAUGAAUUUAUGUAAACUGCCGUAUUUUCCUUUUCCUGUAAUAUCUGUAUCAUUGAUGCAAUGUGUACACUUCCCAUUGAAGUAUAUAGGAUAUAAUCGCAGUGGUGAAAAGGGCUUUGUUUCUGAUUGAAGAAAAUUCUCUUGUGAACUGAUCUUUGGGUGAGAUUCUGAAUGUGAUUUGAUACUACAUAUGGAGAUUAAUCUUGAAUGAUUGAAUCAACAAAUUACAAUGUGUUUGGAUCUGCAUUUGCUCUUAGCAGAGCCCCAAUUACUUUGUUCUGGCGACAAAAUUCUUGGGAAAUUCUAUCUCCGGAACAGGCAUGAAUCACAUAAGCCAUUAAAAACGCGAUUUGUUGCAUUAUUUGCAACUAGCAAAAGGUUCAAAGAGGAGGGAUGAAGGGGAUUUGCUCCCAAAGAGCUGCACCUUCUGCCAUCAUCUGUCGACUCGGCUUUGAGACUGAGAGUUUGAAGAUCGUUGAACCAUGGUUCCCCCUCAUAUGUCUCAUAGCGCAAACGUGGAUCAAAGAUUAAUUCCUCGAGGGAGACAGCAUUUUCUAGGAGAUACCACUUCACAAGAUCCAAUUCAAAUGAAUAGCCCCGAUAUCCACAUAUCUCAACCAGAUUUUGGCACGAUAAUUGACGACGUUUUCUGACUUCAUACUGGUUUCAAAAACUCGGUAAUUCAUCUUUAUUACAAACUUUUCAAGCUUUGGUGAUGCCCCAAAUGGUGAACCAAGUCCGUGGUAAGCGUGACAAGCAGCAUUUUCAGGGGACAAAUGCAAAGUUCCAAGUGUUUCAAUGCAAGAGAUGGACUUGGA